UUCCCUGCUCUUAUCUGAAUGUAUGCCAGGCCGUUGCUGCGUCGGCGUCGUCUCAGAUCUGUCCUCCACUCGCUCUUCUAGGGUUUCUGUUUUCCCCCCACUCUUCCCUUCGAGGCAUGUCGUCGAUCGGUCCUGGCAAAGGCUUACUGGAGGUCGCCAAAUUUGGGAUAUACGUGGCGAUUCCCAUUGUUAUGAUGUAUACUUUCGCCUAUGACUCGAAGAAUUUGGAGAGGAUCAUGGGGAACCGUUCGUAUGUGGUAUAUCCACCAGAGGGUCCUCGACCUCCAUCACCAGAAGAAAUACGUGAGAUUGCUCGUAAGAAGAGUUUACAAUGAUCCUGCUUUGAUAACCGGCGUUCAGUUUGCGGCUUUUUGUGCAGAAAUACCCCCUUUUUCCCCAUACUAUCCUUGCUUGGAAAAGUUUGCACUUUGCAAUUGUGUUUAAUAAUGUAAUCAUGGGAUGCAAAUGUAGAAGAUUGAAGCGUCCAAUCUCCUGUUGGAUUGCCAAGUUCUGGCAAACUUUGAUUUGCUUAUCUUUACAUGACAAAGAAAGAUAAUGUCCCGGUAGCCUUCGAACAUUCGGUAUACUUGUUCAUAUGUUGGAUGUGUUUUUCAUGUUA